AGGUAUAGCUCGAGGCGAGGUGGGCGGACCUUCCUUUCAUAGGUACCAGACAUGGCAGCGGCAGAGGACAAUGAAAUGAGCGUAGUGGCAGACGACAUGGAGCCAAGCUUUACCAAGUGCCUGGUGGCAGGAGGUAUGGCAGGAACAGCCGUGGACGUGACUCUGUUCCCCCUGGACACGCUGAAGACCCGGCUGCAGAGUGAAGCCGGCUUCUGGAAGUCUGGAGGCUUCAGGGGGAUCUACUCUGGCCUGGGGUCAGCAGCAGUCGGCUCUGCACCGGGAGCUGCCGUCUUUUUCGUCACUUACGAGUUUGUGAAAAGCCUGACAGGAUCCCUCCUCCCAGAAUCCCUUGCACCUGUCAGUCACAUGAUUGGAGCUUCUGCGGGAGAAGUUGGAGCCUGUAUUGUGAGAGUACCAGUAGAAGUGGUGAAACAGAGAGCUCAGGCCAACCCUGGACAUUCCAGCUACAGUGUGCUGAGGAGAACAGUCACACAGGAGGGAUUCAGAGGACUCUACAGAGGCUAUCUCAGCACAGUUAUCAGAGAGAUUCCAUUUUCUUUUGUGCAGUUCCCCAUCUGGGAGUUUCUUAAAAAAUCGUGGUCCAACAGACAAGGCAAACUGGUGGAUCCCUGGCAGGGAGCAGUGUGUGGGGCAAUAUCAGGAGGAUUUUCAGCUGCAGUAACCACACCACUGGACGUAGCUAAAACCAGAAUCAUGCUGGCAGAGGCUGGGACAGAAACUGCAAGAGGAAGCAUUCCCUCAGUGUUAAAAACGAUAUGGAGGACUGAUGGUAUGAGGGGGUUAUUUGCAGGUGUGGGCCCCCGUACCCUGUGGAUCAGUCUGGGAGGGUUCAUUUUCCUGGGGGUGUACGACAAGUCUAAAGCUGUGAUGUCAAACUUCUCCAAGGACAUUAUGACAUAGCUGAUAGUGUGUUUCCAUGCAGAUGACUUCUCAGCCGUCAACUAUGCUGCUUUCUCAACAACAGGCAGCUCAGUCCUUACAGCAAAGGUUACUGUAUAUCUACAGUACACAGGAGCCUUCUUUCAUAAAGUUUCUUU